AGUGCAGCAGAUUUUGGGACGAGCGCGGAGUGGACACGCUAGCGUUAAACACUGUCUUUUUCUCUCACACACACACACACUCUCUCUCACACACUCCGAGAUCCGCCUGAACACACACCGCGAUGGACGGAACCAGCGAACGACAGAGUCUCGGAAGGUAACCUGGAGCGAGUGAUGUUGUGCGGUCACUAGAGUUCCUCUCAGAUGUCUGGCGCGGGGCUGAUGGGUCGCGUGAGGUCGGCCUUCCGCCGGCGGACGGACAGCUGGCACCUGAGCGACACGGCGGCCUUCGACUUCUCCGACGAUCUAGAAGACGACGAGGUGCCGAGGUUCAGUCAGCUGAAGGUGGUGGUGUCCGGAGAAACGGACGAGAUUCCCACGGCUUCGCGCAACGGGGCCACGGUCAGCACUCUGCUGGCGGACGACGACGACUCGCUGCUGGGCUCCUCGUCCAGUCUGGGCAGCCCCGGCGCGGCCCCGGACCCCUGCGACGGAUGCCGCAGGAGCAGAGAGCGCGACAAGCGCAGGAGCGUGAUGAGGAAGCUGGGCGGCGCUGCUGUGCUCUACUUCCUGUUUAUGGUGGGCGAGCUGAUAGGGGGAUACGUGGCUAACAGUCUGGCGAUCAUGACUGAUGCUCUUCACAUGCUGACGGACCUCAUCGGGAUCAUCGUCUCGCUGCUGGCCCUCUGGCUCUCGGCCAAACCUCCCACCUACAGAUUCACCUUCGGCCUCCACCGGCUCGAGGUCCUCUCAGCUGGGAUCAGUGUACUUCUGAUCUAUAUUCUGACCGGAGUGCUGGUCAGUGAGGCCGUGCAGAGGACCGUUCAUCAGGACUUCAACAUCGACGGAGACGUGAUGCUCAUCACUGCCGCGUUGGGCGUCGCCGUCAACCUGCUGAUGGGCUUCCUCCUCAAUCAGUCGGGUCACCUUCACUCACACGGCCACGCCCACUCUCACGGGUCAGCGGGGGGUCAGGGUCAGCAGGGUCAUGGCAGUCUGGCGGUGCGAGCGGCCUUCAUCCACGCUCUGGGGGAUCUGGUUCAGAGCGUCGGGGUGCUCAUCGCUGCCUACAUCGUCAGGUUUAAGCCGGAGUAUAAGCUAGCUGAUCCCAUCUGUACGUACCUGUUCUCUAUACUGGUUCUGUUCAGCACAUUCCAGAUCAUCAGAGACACCGGCAUCAUUCUGCUGGAGGGUGUUCCUCGUCAUGUGGACGUGUCUGGAAUCCGAGCUGAUCUUCUGAAGCUGCAGUAUGUGGAGUGUGUGGAGGAGCUGAAGCUGUGGGCGCUGACGGCUGAUAAAACUGCGGCCAUCGUUCACCUACAGCUCACGCCAGGGAUUGUGGGUAACUGGGAGGAAGUGCAGUCAAACGCACGGCGGCUGCUGACGACGUCACACGGAGUGACACACUGCACCGUACAGCUGCAGACGCACAGACAGGGGGCGCCACAGUCCUGCUCACACUGCCUCACACACAGUGCCUAAACACACCUGUCUCUCACCGUCUCUCUCACACACACACACUGAGACACACACAUACAGACGCGCACACACACACUGAUACAUACACACUGAGACACACACACACACACACACACUCGUAUA